CAGUAAUGAUUUGAAAGAUAAGAUAUGCUAUAAAAUAAAGCAGGUCACAAUUAAAGAAACAUACUGAAUAUAUAUUUGGUCGGAUAAGGCAACAAUAAAUUCUUCCGAGGAUGAAAACUUUGUUCUUCGUUUGUUUUGGAAUCUGCGUUGCUGCGGUUGCCGCGGAGUACUGCGCCACCAGCUCUGACUGUCAUUUGGAAAGCUGUCCACAUGGAUACGUGUUGAAAUGUUUGUCAGACAAUGUUUGCUCAUGUGAACUGUCAGGAGAGUGCCAAACAUCUGACGAUUGCCACCUUAAGCACGGUCGUUGUGAAAACAACGACAAACACUGGUACUGUAAUCUUGGCAAAUGUUGCUGUGGCGAGCCUUGCCCCCACGCCGGAGACCGCGUCACGUGUUCCAGCCCUGAUGAUUGCGCCAGGGCUUUCUACAAAUGUACAAACAACGACAAACACUGGCACUGCACAGACAAUCACUGUCACUGUGGAAGCCGUCACGGAAGCAUUCACAGCUAAGAUAAUCAAGAUGAGACUACACGAGAAAUUACGAGAAAGUCUGAGAUACGCUAUUUUAUUGAAAAUAAACUCAACUGAAAUCGAUACUUCUGUCGUUGUUGUUUUAGUUAUUGUCGUUAAGAGAAAGCCGCAUUCCAAAAACGCAUCCUCCCUAGAACACAAACCUCAGCAGUGUAAGCCAUGA